GUAGGUCUACAUGGUGAGGAGUGGGACCUUUGUCUUGCACCAACACCACGAUGGAUGACUAUCCGAUGUAUGGGCUACUUGUUGGGUUCUCCCUCUGGGGGACCCUUUGGCGUCUCCUCUUUCCUCUGGGCUUUUGGCCCACUUUCACGUGUAGAGUAGGGCCCACUCGUGGUGGUACUUCCACCAACCCCUAAACGACGGAGGAGGAGGAGAAGAUGGCCGCCAUUCUGCAGGAGAAGAAGGAGAAGGAGGCCAAGAAGAAGGCCUUGAAGGAGGAGCAGGCGGCCAAACUGAAGAAGAUAGAGGAAGAGAUGGCCAAAGAGAAGGAGAGGAUACAGAAAGAAGAAGAAGAGAAGUUGAAAGAGGUGGAAGAGGAGGAAGAAGAUGAAACGUCGUUGCAGAGGAAGAGGGUGCAGUACAGUGGUAGUAGGGAUGAAGAGAUGGAGAAGCGAAUCUCCGAGUGGGUCGCCAACUUAUCCCUGGGCGAAGAAGAAGAGGUGGCGAUGUAUAUCUCUAAAGAUGAUCAGGAAGCCGCUAUGAGAGCUUGGGAAGCAGAAAGGGAUGUUGUGAAGCGGCAUGCAUUGGAAGACGAAAAGAGGAUGGAGUGGAAGUUGGCAGUGAUGAGGGAGAAGAAGAGGAGAGUGGACGCGGCAACGAAGGCGGCAAAAGAAUUAGAGGAAGUAAAGAAUAUAGAAGAGCAACUGGCCGCCCAGACCGAACUCCCAGCGCAAAUGCGGGUCAUAGCCCGAAACGUAGCACGCCUCGCACGAAUUCAGGCGAAGCAAUAUGAUUUUAGUAGAAGUCAACACAUAGCUGUACGUUCCAUAAAGUUGGGGUUUCGGGACUUUGCGCGUGAGCUGGUAGGCGCUAUAGGGACCGAGGUGGGUCACCGCCUCGACAAGACUGAGCGGUUCUGUGCCGKYSCCAUUGAGGGCGUCAAAGCGGCAGCUCCCAAGGAGGAGGAGGCACGUCCUCCUCGUCGGGAACCGGUCAAAGUCAAUUUCCCUGAUUCCUACAGUGGAAAAAGGGAAGAGAACUUCGACAAUGGGGAGGCCAAAGUCAAGACCUAUGUGCAUCUGCAACAGGUCUCCCCGGAUCAGCAGGUUCUGAUUGCGUUUUACGCGCUAAGAGAUGAAGCCGCCAGCUUUGCAAGGUCCCUAGUUCACGCUGCCAAUUGCAGCGAUGACCCUGUUGCGUACUCCUCGUUCACUUCCCUCACUGAGUUCUUGAAGCUGUUGCGCGAGAGGUUCGCCGAUGUUGCCCGUAGCGUUAAGGCCUCAGACAGGCUGCAGACGAUCCACGCUCCACGGAUCGACGAUGAGCAUGAAAAGCACGUAUCCACGAUGGCACGAAAAGCACGGAUCGACGAUGAGCAUGAAAAGCACGUAUCGACGAUGAGCAUGAAAAGCACGUAUCCACGGUGAGCACCGAGCACGAUGAGCACCGACCACCAAAAGCACGGAUCGA